ACUUCACCACAACUUACAAGAGCACCUGCCUGCCACAGGCUGCAUACCAAGUCAAACAGCCUCGGCAUUUUCUUCUGACAUUUUCUUCUGAAGAUCGUUGAAGAGUAAGAGCGAUUUAUGUAGGCCUCUAGACAAAUGUAUCAAACGUCUCCUCUUUAUUUACUAUAAUAUAUUCAGUCUACUCAGUUAGAGAUAGUCUGGAUUGGAUUGGUGACUGCUCUCGGCUGCUGUCCCCGCCGCUGUUUCGCGGACACUUUGCCAUUUUUUGAGGACCGAGAAAAGUAAUUUGGAAGUAACUGCAAUGCCCGAAAUCACAUGAAUUUGAUUCAAGCUUUCGGUCGUCAGUGUGCAAGAUGGCCAGUCAGAACCAGUGCUACCAUGACCAACUCAUGGGCUUCUUCUACAACAACAGCAAUCAAACCGAUGAGUGGGACUCUACCCAACUCAUUCUGGUGCAGUGUGUGGGUUCAAUAUUCUGCUGCUUCAUCCUGGUGUCCAAUGUCAUGGUCAUUGCCGCGGUCAUCACCAACAAGCGCUUCCACUAUCCUUUCUAUUAUCUCCUUGCCAAUUUGGCAGCCUCAGACUUCCUAGCAGGAAUUGCGUAUGUGUAUCUCAUGUUUAACACAGGUGAGGUCUCCAGGAAGUUGACUGUCCAAGGGUACUUCAUACGGCAAGGGCUGCUGGACACCAGCCUCUCGGCUUCCCUGUCUAACCUCUUGGUGAUAGCCCUGGAGCGCUACAUCUCCGUCAUGAACUGGAAGGUGCACAGCAACCUGACCAAGCGGCGGGUGACACUGUUGAUAGUGCUGGUGUGGGCCAUCUCCAUCUUCAUGGGGACCGUGCCCAGCCUGGGGUGGAACUGCAUCUGCAGUCUGGACAAGUGCUCCACUCUGGCGCCUAUCUUCAGCCGGAGCUACCUUAUCUUUUGGUCGGCGUCCAACCUGGUGGUGUUCCUGAUCAUGGUGGCGAUAUACCUGAGGAUAUACACCUACGUCACAAGAAAGACGUCGGUCCUGUCGCCUCACACCAGUGGAUCUAUAAAUCGCAAAAGGACGCCGAUAAAGCUAAUUAAAACAGUGAUGACCGUACUGGGGGCGUUUGUGAUCUGCUGGACACCGGGGCUCAUUGUGCUGCUGCUGGACGGCCUGGACUGCGACCACUGCAAGGUGCUUCAGUUCAAGCGAUGGCUGCUCCUGCUAGCUGUGCUCAACUCUGUCAUGAACCCUGUCAUCUACUCUUACAAGGACGAGGAGAUGUGGACCACCUUCAAAAACCUUUUGCGCUGCGUCUGCAACGGCACACGCCGACAGCGGUCGUCCAAGGCCAACAUCCGGCCGAGCCAGGAGUCCGGGAACAGCUUGAGGCUCUCGGAGGACACCAAGAACUCAGCGCAGGAGAUGCUCAAGGCCUAGAACGGGAAAGUUUUGGGGUUGGACUCUCGGUGAGGACAGUGAGAGGAAGACCAUUGAACCAUUGUAACCCUGUCGACCAUUAUCUUCCAUUAACUGUUCCAUGGCUGUUGCAACAAUCAAAAACGGACUGUUUGGUCCAUUGCUUGAGUUUGGGGGUCUGUGAACAAAUCUGUGAAAAUAUUUGAGUUUAUGGACUGAAAAGGUGACUGUACAUUGUACAGAUGUGUAUAUGUACAUAUCCUUGUUCUUUGUUUUUUUUUUUUUUUUUUUACCUCAAAUAUAUUGACUUCUAAAGACCCUUUUCUCUAUCCUUGACGAUCAUCCCUUAACCUGAAGUCAAUCUUAGAGAAUGCAGAGCUUAAUACAUGCAGUUGCCUAUUCAUAUAAAGUACUGUCAUUUUUCUUAGUAA